CGCGCACCAGGUCGCUAGAGGAAUGAAACACCUGCAGUAUAACAGAAUCAUUCACCGUGACCUGGCAGCCAGAAACGUGCUUCUUGGUGAGAAUUUGGUCUGUAAAGUAUCCGACUUUGGCUUGGCCAGACAACUCUCAGACACAAACGAAGAUGCAUACGAAACAAAAUCUGAAGGUCCGCUUCCUAUCCGGUGGAUGGCUCCAGAAUCUCUCAAAGACAGAUUGUUUUCUACCAAGUCUGAUGUGUGGUCCUUUGGCAUCUUACUAUGGGAGAUCGUUACGCUAGGAGCAAGUCCCUACCCGGGGCAGUCUGCAGGGAAGUCAUGCGUUUCGUGA